AUGUUAAACGUUAGUAUCAUAAGAACUGAUCAAAUACACAGCACUGAGAGCAUGUUCGCAGUCGGUAAGAAAUGUCUGGCAUACCAUGGUCCGAUGUUGUAUGAAGCCAAUAUCCUACGGGCUUGGGAUCCUGAAAUGCGCACUGUGACGUUGACGGUAAAUGGUCAAUUGAAGACGUUGAGUCAACCAGAAUACGGUGAAGAAUUUGACGCGGUACCGGCAUCCAUAGAAAACGAGCCAUGCUAUUUUGUACACUAUCAAGGUUGGAAGGCUACGUGGGAUGAGUGGAUUGGGCUUGAUAGGAUUAAUGAGUACAAUGAAGAGAAUAUAAAAUUGAAGACGGAGCUGACAGAGCAAGCCAGAAGGGCAAAAAAGCAGAAACAACAAGAACAGCAACGUAAGAAAAAAGGCAGCUCCGUUAGUAAUGCCAGCAUUGAGAGUGUUAACGGUAAUUCGGGCUCUGGAACCGGCUUGGGGAAUAACAAGAAGGGCAAACAUGAUUCGGGAAAUACCGCAACCAAGAAAAGCAGUGGAUCCAAUAUCGGCUCCAAUGCGAUUGCUGGUGAUGAAAGGCGAAUGCAAAGCAAUGGUACGGGAUCAGCAGGAGCUACUUCGAAUGUUUCCCGUAUUGUGCUACGUAUGCCCGUAAGGCUUAAAUCACUUCUUGUUGAUGAUUGGGAGUUUGUUACUAAGAAUAAAAAGAUAUGCCAACUGCCAUCACCUACGAUGACAGUGGAUCAAGUCAUAGCCUCUUACGAGUCCGCAAGAUCCGAUGAACUGGAAUCGCCCGCAUUGCAAUCCCAGUUGACGGAAUACUGCAGUGGGUUAAACCUUUAUUUCGAACAUAGUCUGCCGGUGCUGCUUCUGUAUCGAUUUGAAAGGUUACAAUACGACGAGAUCCUGAAGAAAGAGAAAUUUCAAAACAAGCUUCUAGCGUCAAUUUACGGUCCAAUACAUCUUCUGCGAUUACUGAGCAUACUCCCAGAACUCAUGAGCACCACUACGAUGGAUUCCCAGAGUUGUCAACUGAUAGUCCAGCAAACUGAAAACUUUCUGGACUGGCUCGUGGUGCAUAUCGAUCAGCUCUUCGAUACCAGCAGCAAGAUGGAGUAUUACGUAAAUACAUCAAGUCAAUAUGAAGGAGUAGCACUGGGAAUGUAG